UUAACGUACGGUCGCCAGGAAAUGUCCCGCCAUAACAAGAUCCUUCUGAGCCUGUGUGGAAACCUGAUUAAUACAGAAAAGCAGGCAGAUUUAGUCUAAAUAACAUUUCGUUAUUGAUAGUUUGUAGGGAUUUUUUUUAUUUUGUUUUUUACUCUGCAUUUUUUCCCUUUUCGGAUCUUUAUUAUACACCUGUACAGUAGGUGGCGGAAUGCAUAUAUAAUUGUUGCGAACGCCAUUAUACCAAAGAAGAAGAAAAAGACGAAGAACCAGAAGAACCAGAACCCUAGUGAAUCGCUUUUCGCUAACUGCAGUCCAAAAUGGCAGGAGCUGACGGAGACGAUUCUCUCUACCCCAUCGCCGUGCUCAUUGACGAGCUUCGUAAUGAGGAUGUGCAGCUGCGACUGAACAGCAUCAAGAAGCUGUCUACCAUCGCACUGGCCCUGGGAGUGGAGAGGACCCGCACUGAACUCCUCCCCUUCCUCACAGACACCAUCUAUGAUGAGGACGAGGUGCUUCUUGCCUUGGCUGAGCAGCUGGGCAACUUCACCAUGCUGGUGGGAGGCCCUGAAUAUGUUCACUGUCUGCUGCCGCCUCUGGAGAGCCUGGCUACCGUGGAGGAAACGGUGGUGCGAGACAAGGCGGUGGAGUCUCUGCGUAAGAUCUCCCAGGAGCACUCUCCUGUGGACCUGGAGGUGCACUUUGAACCCCUGGUGAAGAGGCUGGCCAGUGGUGACUGGUUCACCUCCCGCACCUCCGCCUGUGGCCUGUUCAGCGUCUGCUACCCCCGCGUAUCCAGCACCGUCAAGGCUGAAAUUCGCCAACAUUUCCGCACUCUGUGCUCAGAUGAUACUCCCAUGGUGCGCCGCGCCGCAGCCUCCAAGCUUGGGGAAUUCGCCAAGGUUCUGGAGCUGGACUAUGUCAAGAGUGACAUCAUCUCCCUCUUCACCGCGCUGGCCUCCGAUGAGCAGGACUCAGUGCGCCUGCUGGCCGUGGAAGCCUGUGUGAGCAUCGCCACGCUGCUGCCCCAGGAGGACCUGGAGACCCUGGUGAUGCCCACCCUGCGCCAGGCCGCCGAGGACAAGUCCUGGAGGGUCCGCUACAUGGUGGCCGACAAGUUCUCUGAGCUCCAGAAAGCAGUGGGCCCAGAGAUCACCAAGAACGACCUGGUCCCAGCUUUUCAGAACCUGCUCAAGGACUGUGAGGCUGAGGUCCGAUCCGCUGCCGCCAAAAAGGUCAAGGAGUUUUGCGAGAACCUUCCAGAAGACAGCAGAGAGACCAUCAUCAUGACUCACAUUCUGCCCUGUGUCAAGGAACUGGUGUCUGACACCAGCCAGCACGUGAAGUCUGCCCUGGCCUCUGUCAUCAUGGGCCUGUCCACCAUCCUGGGCAAAGACAACACAGUGGAACACCUGCUGCCUCUGUUCCUGGCCCAGCUCAAGGACGAGUGCCCUGAGGUGCGCCUCAACAUCAUCUCCAACCUGGACUGUGUCAACGAGGUGAUCGGCAUCCGCCAGCUCUCCCAGUCGCUGCUGCCCGCUAUCGUGGAGCUGGCCGAGGACGCCAAGUGGAGGGUCCGCCUGGCCAUCAUAGAGUAUAUGCCCCUGUUGGCCGGACAACUGGGAGUGGAGUUCUUUGAUGAGAAGCUGAACACGCUCUGCAUGGCAUGGCUCAUUGACCACGUAUACGCUAUCCGCGAGGCAGCCACCUGUAACCUGAUGAAGCUGGUGGAGAAGUUUGGAGCCGAGUGGGCCCAGAACACCAUCGUGCCCAAGGUGUUGGGCAUGGCCAACGACCCCAACUACCUGCACAGGAUGACCACGCUCUUCUGCAUCAACGCACUGUCUGAGGCCUGUGGCCAGGACAUCACCACUAAGCAUAUGCUGCCCGUGGUCAUCAAGAUGUCCAACGACCAGGUGGCCAAUGUGCGCUUCAAUGUGGCCAAGUCCCUCCAGAAGAUCGGCCCCGUCCUGGACAGCAAUGCCCUGCAGACAGAGGUGAAACCAGUCCUGGAGAAACUAGCCACAGAUACAGAUAUGGAUGUUAAGUACUUUGCCCAGGAAGCUAUACGUGUUCUGGCCCUGGCAUAAGACAACCCAAGCUUGGCUAUCCAGAGGAAACAACAACCCAAGAUGGCACGACAUUGCAAACACUUUUCACAAUAUAUUUAUUGAGGUUCAAGAGCAACUGGUGAUGUAUGGAUAAUUAAUGGAGCCUAUUAACACCUAUUUUUCUUUUUCUUACUCUCAGUGAUAAUAAAAUGUCCAGGAAAAGCGCAGGCUUCUAAUUUCACCUCGCUGUAAAUCUUUUGCUUCUCCAAGUGUGAUGAAACAUGCAUUUAAACUACGUAUGCUGACCACUGUGCAUAAGUAGCAUUGCUGGUUUGACCCACACAUUCCUGUCCUACAUACAUAGCCAUUGACUGUAACGUUACUAUUAGCACGGCCCUUAUCGCUGCCACAUUUCUCUGUACGAAGCACCCAGAACACGCAAGCCAUCUCUUGGUUGCUUGUCCAAGUGCUAGACACAUGCUAUUGCUGCAGCAGAUGGUGAGGAAGGCUGUUUUAUUUGCUUGUGAAGAACGGCAA